CUCUGUUGCAAGCCAAUGAGAGCUUGGUAUAUUGGCCACAGUCCUGGUUCUGGAUCACUUUCUGCAUCGACGGGAAAGUAGGUUGGCUAAAGGCAUCAUGGCAGCCGCCGCAGUCGCAGCCGUUGCACCGCCGUAUGGGCCGGCACGACCGGACCCGAUCAACAUGGAGUGGGAAGGCGAUGACGAGCAGAUGGAUGCGGUCAUGGCGGCUUUUGAUGAGAGAGCAAUGGACCAGCGAGAAUCGACAGACACAAUGGCGAUGCUUGCCUUCUAUCGUUUCCUGCUGCCAUGGAAGAGUCUCUUCACUUGGCUGAAUCAUGACCUUGUGCAACGGCCAGGAAAGCUAUUCGACCACCGCGAAUUCGCAUUCACAUUGCAAAACGACGCCUACCUGCGAUACAACUCAUUUGGGACUUGGCAGGAGCUACAGAAAGAGGUGGUGCGUCUCAAUCCAGCAAGGUUCGAGAUCGGGCCAGUAUACAGCGGAAAGCCAAAGGACAAAAAGAACGCAAGUAAGAAUUCAUUCAGGCCCCAGUUCCGCGAGUUAGUCUUUGAUAUCGACAUGACAGACUACGACGAGAUACGCACGUGCUGCACAGGCAAAGGGAUCUGCAAGCGCUGCUGGGCAUUCAUCGCUGUGGCGGUGCAAGUGCUGGAAGACGCGCUACGCAACGACUUUGGCUUCAAGCAUCUGCUCUGGGUCUACUCCGGUCGGCGUGGUAUCCAUUGCUGGGUGUCGGACCGGAGCGCGUGCAGCCUCGCGGAUGACGCGCGCAAGGCCAUCGUUGGCUGGCUUGAAGUCGUGCGCGGCAGCGCCAACCAGAACAAGAAAGUGGACACGGGUGCGGGAAUGCCGGGGCGUUCUCUACAUCCUUCGCUGCGGCGUGCGCUCGGGCAGGAUGGCGCGCCUGGGCCUCUGUCGAUUGCAUUCGCUGAGGUGGUACUGCGCGACCAGGACUGCUUCCGCGACAAGCAAGGCUGGGAGCGCCUGCUCGCGCUGCUGCCGCCCAAGGAGACGGAAGCAAUCCAGAAGUUAAGGACCAAGUGGGAGUCUGCCGGGCCAAAGGGCAGCAAGAGCAGCUUGGAGAAGUGGCAGGACGUGAUGGCACAUGCAAAGAAGAAGGAAGAGGUGUGGAAGCCGUAUUGCGAGGACAUCAUCCUGCAAUAUACGUACCCGCGUAUCGAUGCGGAAGUGUCUAAGCACCUCAACCACCUUCUCAAGAGUCCGUUUGUCGUUCACCCGGCGACGGGGCGCGUGUGCGUGCCGCUGGACGUGUCAUCGGUGCAUGUGUUCGACCCUGAGAAGGACUGCCCAACGGUGGCGCAGCUGCUGCGUGAGCAGGACGCGUACAUCCGCCAGCUGAAGCGCGACGGCAAGCAUCACAAACAGGACGGAGGGAUCGUCGACCCUAACGUUCACGCGUGGGACCAUACCAGCCUGCGGCCGUUUGUCGAGCUGUUCGACAAGCACAAUGCGGCGAUCGUCAAAGAGACGGACGCACUAAGGAGGGCAAAACUUGCACAGUCCGUGGAUUUUUGAGGGCAUGCCCACUGUCCCCCAGGCAUUUUGAGCAUCCCCAUCACGGCCUAAUCGUAGACGCGCACACUAUGUAAACGUAUAUCACAUCACACGCACCCCGCAUGUACUGUUCUGUCAUUACAAACUUGUUAUUGAACAUU